AUGAACCGCAACAACGGGGCAGAGGCAAUCCCACCACGUGAGUCAAGAUAUAUACCUGAGAUGGAGGCUUACAGCGACGUCCAGCAGCGUCUCGAUGCAAUUUUUGCCCGAUUCUGGAUCAAGCUCUGGGAGCGUCGGCAAGCACCUCAGGCAAAACUGCAAACCCUACCCUCCAAGGGCGAGCGGAGCCGUGAGUGCAGGGAGAAGAGUGAGGCACCCUCGGGCCUAACAAAGGUACGACCUACCCUUACUCCUCCUUUUGGCCCACCCGGACUGAAAGCCACGCGAAUGUGA